AUGUUGUCACCACAAGCUCUAUUAGGAGCACUGCUGCUCUCAGCGGUGCCCUCGGCCCUAGCAGAUACCUGCCAGGCGCCCAUUGAUCACCCGGGAGAGCCUUACAGCUAUGUUCAGCCUCGUAAUACAACUAUCCUGGCUGACGGUCACUCUUUAUCUGUUCUUCCUUCGCCAAACAUGACUGGCAAUGGUGGUUGGGAAACAGCUUUGGUAAAAGCCAAGAGAUUCGUGAGCAAGCUCACACUUGAAGAAAAAUCCUGGAUGGCAACAGGCCAGCCUGGUCCUUGUGUUGGAAAUGUUCUUCCCAUCCCGCGUCUCAACUUUAGCGGUCUUUGCCUCCAGAAUGGCCCUCAGUGCGUGCAGCAAGGAGACUACUCUAGUGUCUUUGUCAGUGGUGUCUCAGCCGCCGCAAGCUGGGACCGUCAAUUGCUGUACGAUAGAGGCAACGCAAUGGCCAAGGAGCACAAGGCAAAGGGAUCCCAUGUCAUCUUGGGACCUAUUGGAGGACCUCUGGGCCGCAGUCCCUAUGAUUCUCGCACCUGGGAGGGGUUUGCUGCGGACCCUUACCUCACCGGUGUCUGCAUGGAAGAGACAAUCAAUGGCAUGCAAGAUGCGGGUGUCCAGGCCAAUGCUAAGCAUUUCAUUGCCAAUGAGCAAGAAACCCAACGAAACCCUUCAUAUGCCCCGGAUGCCAACGAGACCACCUACAUCCAAGACUCGGUCUCUGCAAACAUCGAUGACCGUACCCUGCAUGAGAUCUAUAUGUGGCCCUUCGCAAAUGCCGUCCGUGCUAAGGUGGCUAGCGCCAUGUGCUCGUAUAACCGUGUGAAUGGCUCCCACUCGUGCCAGAACUCUUACCUUUUGAACCACCUUCUCAAGGGUGAGCUUGGCUUCCAGGGUUAUGUCAUGUCCGACUGGGGUGCUACUCACAGUGGUGUGGCAUCUGUUGAAAGCGGAAUGGACAUGAGCAUGCCUGGAGGCUUCACUUUGUACGGCGAGGAAUGGACCGAGGGGUCCUUCUUGGGCAAGAACCUCACCUCAGCCGUCAAGAAUGGCACUGUUGAAGUAUCUCGUCUGAAUGACAUGAUUGUGCGUAUCAUGACCCCAUACUUCUGGCUUGGCCAGGAGAAGAAUUACCCGAGCGUUGAUGCUUCAGUGGGCCCGCUCAAUGUCGAUUCGGCUCCUGAUACUUGGCUUUAUGACUGGAAAUUUACCGGCGAAACCAACCGUGACGUUCGAGCUAACCACAGUGCCAUGAUUCGCGAGCAUGGAGCAUCCUCCACGGUCCUGCUCAAAAAUGAACGCAAUGCAUUGCCACUCCGCAAGCCUCGCAACAUUGUGAUUGCCGGUAACGAUGCCGGUCCCCUUACCCAAGGUCCCAACCUCCAGGCCAACUUCGAGUACGGCCAUCUCGCAGGCUCUUCGGGCUCUGGUUCCUGCCGAUUCACAUACUUGUCAACUCCUCUCGAUGCCAUUAACACCCGGGCUCGCAAGGACGGUUCCCUGGUCCAAUCUUACCUGAACAACACUUUGCUCGCCACGGAGGCCUUGACGUCGCCUUUGUGGAUCCCGCAACAGCCUGAUGUCUGCCUCGUUUUCCUCAAGUCAUUCGCAGCCGAGGGUGAAGACCGGACUUCAUUGGACCUCGAUUGGAACGGAAAUGCCGUUGCAGAGGCUGUUGCCAACCACUGCAACAACACCGUUGUGAUCACGAACUCCGGUGGUGUCAACGUUAUGCCCUUCGCCGAUCAUCCUAACGUGACUGCUAUUUUGGCCCAGCAUUACGCUGGAGAGGAGUCUGGCAAUGCCAUCGCUGACGUUCUCUACGGUGAUGUGAACCCAUCCGGCAAACUGCCGUACGUGAUUGCGUACAACGAGUCAGACUACAACGCGCCCUUGACCACAGCCGUGGAGACCAACGGUACCUGGGACUGGCAGAGCUGGUUCGACGAAGAACUCGAAGUUGGCUACCGCUACUUCGAUGCCCACAACAUCUCCGUCCGCUACGAGUUUGGUUUCGGUUUGAGUUAUACCACCUUCGACCUGAAGAAUCUCAAGGCGAAGGACUCUACACCAGCCAAUUUGACCGCUCUCCCUGCUAAGCGGGCUAUACAGCCAGGCGGUAACCCCGCUCUCUGGGAGACAGUGUAUACCCUUGAGGCGGAAGUCUCCAACACUGGAGACGUUGACGGAUUCGCUGUGCCGCAACUGUACAUUGAUUUCCCUGCCUCAACACCGGCUGGUACCCCGCCAAACCAGCUUCGCGGAUUUGAUAAGUUCCACCUCACAGCCGGCGAGAAGAAGACUGUUAAGUUUGAACUGAUGCGCCGGGAUCUCAGUUACUGGGAUGUCACUGCCCAGGACUGGCGUAUUCCUGCUGGGCCUUUCACCUUCAAGGCUGGGUUCAGUAGCCGCGACUUUCACGCGAGGAAGACUGCAACGCUGAUCAAGGCUUGA